GUCAUCGAUGUUUCGAGAGUUGUUUGCCAUUCACGCUCACCAGACACGAUUAAACGGUUGUUUCAUUUGAGCUCUUUCGUUGGUCUUCAUUUGCCUGAAACCAAGACCAAAAUGUUUAGAACAACCGGCGGUGUGGCUGUAAUGAAGUUGGUGUUGCUGUUUUGUCUCUUCUUUUACAUCCGAAGCGUCAACACAGUCGCCCCAGCCAAGGUAGGGUUAAAAUACGAUAAAUUAUUACAUUUGAAGUGUGAUUAAGACAAUCUUUGUUUCUUCUUGUGGAAAGACUUUCGAUUACCAGCUAUAAGAUGGUUUUAAUUUAUGUCAUCACAGUCCUUCUGAUUUCUCACAAUAUUCUCCACGACCCAUCGCAGGCAACUGAAACUUCCUGACAUAUUUGUUACGAAAUGCAUGAUACGAUAAGACUGGAUAAGAGGGCAACCACUCACACAUUCUUGGAAGAUUUCCACUUGAUUUAUUAAUUAACGACGAAGAUUUAUUUGUUUACUUAGGGCGUGGAUUUUGCGUAUGUGUUCUGAGUGGUGUUGACCUUCAGUAUCUUCUUAUUUUUUUCGUUUUAUCUAUUUACUCUUUAUUUUUUUUUUUUACUUAACUUAGGAAAAAGUGAGACUUUUUCCAUUUCGGAUUGUGACUCUUUUUCCGCGUCCUUUGAAACAAAGUCAACCACUGUCUUAAACUUAUAAUUUUUUAAUUUGUUUUCUUGGUUAUGGAUGGAUGCGACUUUUUUCCCCUAACUUUUUUUUAUCUAAAAACAACUUUCGCGACACUUUUUAUUCACUGCUGGCUGGGUAUUUUAUAUACAUUCCUAAGGGCCAUCCUGGAAAAGAAAAUCACAUAAGACGCAAGGAACAUCCAAACUAGGAGGAGUUACGCGAUUUUUAUUCAAUACAUGCACGUUAAUCAGUUAUUUUAGAUUAGAUAACCGUACUUUUUUAAUACACCCUGAUAUGUUGAGUGCCGCGCAAUAUCUAGGCUAUGUUUUGCUUUCGUUUUGUCUUACAAAUUAUUUAUUUCACAGAAUCCCAGUUUGUGCGCGCAAGGAGCAACUGGACUUCCCGGACGAAAUGGUGUGAAUCGACAUAAUGGGUUACCAGGCCGUGACGGUCGAGAUGGUGCAAAGGGUGAGAAAGGCCUGCCAGGUCCAUCUGGACCACCUGGUUUUAAAGGAGAAGGGAGUGAGAAAGGUGUGACAGGGCUACCUGGGCCACGUGGUUUUAAAGGAGAAGCGGGUGAGAAGGGUGUCGCAGGGCCCCCUGGGCCACCUGGUAUUAAAGGAGGAGUGGGUGAGAAGGGUGUGGUAGGGCCACCUGGGCCACGUGGUGUUAAAGGAGAAGAGGGACCAGUUGGAAAGGUCGCUGUUGAACAAAGAAACUGGAAGCAGUGCGCGUGGAAAAAGUAUGACGUACGUGAUACUGGCCUUAUUAAGGUGAGUGCAAGGGAGGAAAACUACAAAUUUCAUUUUUAGAGUCGGUGUUACUGGGCACAAUUAUUAAUAGCAAUAGAAGCGCUUCGGAAAUGUUCCAGUCCUUAGUUUCCUUUCAUCGGUUAUUCUUGUCGUUAACUCGAUAGAGUCUUUUUUGAAUAAACUUAGUUAGUUUAUAUGUUGUGUUUGACUGUUUUUCAACUAACCGUAACGCGAAAAUAAAGGAAAAUUCAAACCUUCAUACCUUCGAAGGCAACCUCUUACAUCUAAUAUUAUGGGAAUUUAAUUCGGUUGUUCAUUCGAUCACUAGUUGUAAUCUAGCUAGCUAGCUGAGAGUUCGGUAGGGCUGUCUCUGGUACCCGACCGAUAUAAAUGUGCCAUUAGAAAAUUUAGAAAUGAUGUGGUGUAUGAGCUAAGGAAAAAAUCGUAGGGCAGAGGACUUAAGGCAAUCAUCAGUCAUUUACUUUCAGUAAAAUUUUUUUGGGCGGUUAUAUGUUUUACCAAAAUAAAAAUACGCAUCGCUCUUUGUGUUAUAUCGGUGGCUCUAAGACCUUAAUUAACUCUCUUAACAUAGUCAUAAAAUUGCAACAGAACAAAUGUUACGAUUUGGAUAAUAACGUGAAUCAUUUUUCACGGUGUUCUGUUUGGCACUGGUCGCUAACAAUAUAUAAUGCUGUAUUUUCAGGAUUGCAUGUUUGUUAAAACUAAAGACAAUACAAGUCUUCAUGUGGUAUUCCAAGGAAAUAUCCAUCUGGCAAAUUGCGGUAGGUGCUGCAAGCGAUGGUUCAUCACUUUCAACGGCGCUGAGUGUAGCGGUUCUCUGCCUAUUGACGCAGCUCUGUGGAUCCCCGAUAGCAACUCGAUUGACUACAGACACGGAGCAAUAGAGGGCUACUGUGAAAACAUCAGAAAAGGGAAUAUCCGCCUUGGUAUCAACAUUGGAAACUGUCCUGGUUAUGGAAAUGCCAAUGGUGACACGGGAUGGAUGUCAGUGUCUCGUUUAAUUAUCGAAGAAGUUUCUCAGUCCCAGCAGUAA